AUGAUUACGCCAACCAUUCGUUUCCGAAAGCUGACAGCCAUUGCCAGAAUCGGUAAAAGGACCGCCGCAUCUAAACUAGACCUGAGGGAUAUUCCCCCAGAGGGCAGCACAUGGGCAUGGGGAGUACCGAGGUGCACAGCGGUUGCUGUGGGCCCGACACAGGGCAGUGGCGGCCAUAGGCCCCUUCGUUUCUUGCUUACCGCCUCAACAGCAGCACCAGCAGGAGCUGGCCUUCUUCGAGCCCGCGUCGCCCAGGUUGAGGCCCAUGGGAGACGCAGAAUGCCAAGGUCAAAGAAGGCCAAGGUCCAGGAGCUCACUGCGCUAAAGCUUGUUCGAGCGUAUGGCUCCAUUAGCCCUGCAGUGACCACCGACGUCCAGUCCCGGUACAAGGUCGGCGCCAACCUUCACUUUGACGAUAUGUCAUUUUGUCCACACCCUGGCGCCCACCGCCGUAGCAUAACCGACGACGCGCCUUACACGGGGCCCGUCAAUCUACGCCACCAGAGACCUCUCUGA